UUUUCAGCCGCCGUAAUCGAACACAGUAAAUACCAUGAUGGACUGAUUGACCUCAAGGAAUACAUCUGCCACAGAAUCAACAUGAGGGUAACAUUUGAGAUGUAUAAUGUCAGCUCAAUGAACCCAGUAUUUUUGGACGGCUUAGUACACGAUGUCGUGAGUGAAGACAUUGAUCUCAUAAUUUGGUUGGUGUCAUGUGACAUGCUUGACUUCCUGCCGAAUAAAGUGUCCAGUGAAGCGGUGAUGUUAUUCCUGACUGAAGAGAAAUGUUCAGUUAAAGACCCAGUCGACAGAAAGGGAAGCAGCCAAAAAUUCAAAGGCUUAGCCGAUGCCAUGCACUACCUAAAGUGGCCAGACGUGAAGAUAUUCUAUGAUGAAUCUAUAAAUGGAACGGAGAUUUUGAUGUUAACGAACGAACUUUCAUCCAGAUACGUUAAAUCGGCACUAUUCCGAAUAAAUUCCAGUUCUUCUUUUACGGAAAAAAUUCGAAGAACAUUUAUUUCUAUUAACCAAAAAGCCUUUUCUGAAAAUCGAUACCUCAUGAUUCUAAAAAAACAAACGCUCGAAGUCGUCAUUAAAGAGGCGGCGUCACUUUGGAUGUUGGUAAGUAGGAAUUACUGGAUUCUGAUAAGUGAUGAUAUGGAUGUAGAGUCUCUCGUUCAGUAUGGACUGAAUCCGAGAAACGCCAAUUUGGUUAUUUUCAAAGACGCCUGCGACAUUUGCCGGGAGGACUUGAAACCAAUUGAAGAAGCAACCAAUGAAAUACAGUUGACGGAACAGUUACCAGAGGACACAAUAAAGAAGCAUGUCUUGACCAUUGUUUGUUUAAUGGUGAAAUUGUCCGAGCAACCUGAGUCUUUUAAAUCUAUAUCAAACUGUUCUAAUUUCACCAAAUUUCUGGCCAAUAUAACUGGGUUUGCAGUUCCUAAGAACUAUUCAACACUUAACCACAGCUGUUACACAGCUUACGAAAUGAAAACCGUCACAGAAGGACCCCUUCUCACUUCCACAGUGGCACGGUGGAGACCUGAUUCCAGACUAUUCGUGAUGAGGGAAUUUUAUCCGAAUGCCAAAUACCGACUCGGAAACAUUACAUUGAACGUAUCUACACUGACGCUACUGCCGUACGCAGUGAAGAAAGAAAGCCACGGUAAGAUCUAUUUUGAAGGGUUCUGUGUGAAGAUUCUAAAGGAGCUGAGUCAACAAAUGAACUUUAGUUAUAACUGGGUGGUGCCGGAAGACCGAGAAUUUGGUAUGAUGGUGAAUGGUUCCUUUACAGGACUUGUAGGUUUGCUUGAGAGACGAGAAACUGACAUGGUCAUUGGUCCGCUCACCUUAACACAAGAACGCUCUCAAGUGGUCGACUACACCUACCCUUAUGCCGAAGAGGGUCGGGGAAUGCUUAUCAGACGACCAGGAAAUUCCUCCACUUCUGACUUAUUCAAGGUGUUUUACGUUUUUGACCAUGCCUCCUGGCUCUGUUGCUUGUCGGUCAUAUUCUUCGUAUCCAUAUUACUAACAGUCAUCGAUGGUCUACACAAAAUGUCAGACUCUCAGAAUUCUAUCAAAGGGUUGCCAGACAGUGGAACCGUGAAGACCGUUUGUCUAUUUUCGAAGCUGAACUGGAGCGAAAUUCUUUGGGCCAUUUUCACCAUAUAUGUCUCUCAGAACGGUGCUUGGGAGCCCAAAUACAUUCGAUCGCGAAUCAUCGUGUUAAGCUGGUGGAUCUUUACAAUCUUCAUCACAACAUACUUCACUGCCAACCUUACAGCUUAUUUCACAGUGACCAUACAGAUCUCCAGCAUCGAUAACCUCAAAGACUUGGCUGAUGACAAAGACAUACUACCGUUUACAUUGGCUGGCUCAGCUAUAUACACAGAAUUUAAGAACAGAACAGACGCCGUUGGCAGAGAAAUAUUUCGUCAAAUGCAAAGAGCCCCAGUCAUAAAAAACGCCGCUCAUUCCCUUGACUAUGUCAGAACUGGGAAGUAUGUUUUAAUAAGUCUAUGGUCCGAAGUGAAGCUGUACGCUGCACGAUAUUGCCACGAGUUUAUUGUUCCGGGACACCCUUUCACCUUGAAAACAAUAGGCUUCGGUCUUCAAAAAGGCUCAGCACUAACAGCUGAAGUAUCACAUUUUUUGAACGUCAUGAGGGAAGCUGGCUUGAUCGAAAAAUGGCGGCAGCAGUCUUGGGCCAGCGAAUACGUUUGUUCGUCGUCGGAAACGUCCAUCUACAAACCAACCCCUCUCAGUAUGAAUUCCCUAGGGGGAUUAUAUAUCAUAUUCGGGGCCAUUGUUUUACUGUCGAGUGUAUGCUUUCUAAUGGAAAUCUUCUUCUUCAACCGCAACAAAAGGAAACGUAUCCCUCUCAACUAUACCCAAAGACACUAGUCAUGUUCGUGUUGUUGGUAUUCGUGCAUUGGUUGGACUUGUUGUUGUUUCUACAAUGGCCGUCGAAUCUGUACUUGUGUCUGUCGUCACUGGUACUACCAUUGUUGUUUUUGAUGAUAAUGCUGAUGAUGUUGUUAACGCGGAUGCUACAAAUGAUGAUGAUGAUGAUUGAUGAUGAUGAUGAUGAUGAUGUUGUUAACGCAGCUGCUAAAAAUGAUGAUGAUGAUGAUGAUGUUGAUGUGUCUCUUAUUGCUGUCUUGUGUUGUUCCAGAUGUCACUAACUACGUUCUUACAUUAUUUACAUUAU